AUGGGUAAAUUCAAAAAGCGUAUGUCGUUUCCGGUUACAAACUAUGUACCAGACGACGAACAAUCACAAACAUCAUCGUCAUCUACCAACUUGAACAAUCAUGUCAACGGGAAUAGUUUUGAUCACUUGGUAAAUUCAGGAGCAUUGAUCGAUCAUAGGAACUCCAAAGAUUUAGCCCAUUUCCAUUCUUCUCCAGCAAAUACCAGACGCAGAUCAACCACUCAUUUCCAUGCACAACACCAACCUAGUUUACCUUUGACAAAUAAGAAUUUGCAAUCGUUGUUGAGAAAAUCCUCGUCAAAUGACGACCCUGUUUCCCCUACAGCCGUAACUUUAGAUAUGGACCAAUUUGCCAACGAACAACGACAACUUGCUGCCACAACCCCCUGGCGCGACGAUGCCGACAAUGAAAGAUACUCGAUUUCCGAAUUUGGCGAGUCCAACCCUUCAUCAGAACACUCCAGCGAUUCAACCUCACUAGACGAUGUGUGUUUCCCUGAUUUUAGAGAAGAUAUAAAAACCACCAACAACUGGCCCGAUUUGCAAGUAUUGGAAGAGUACAUCAAAGAGGAAAUGGAAGAGUUCCAUGAAGAACAGGAAGCAGUGGUGAAUUUUGGUAAAGACAUCAUUCAUGACGAAGAUCAACCAGCUACCGAAAACACCCCGUUAAUGAACAACUACAAAGUGAAUGAAGUAGAAUCAUUGGAUCUGGUCAACCAGUCAUUCAAGAUCCGUCCCACUCCAAUUCAACCUUGGGAACACUCUAGACAGAGUAUCCAUCCUGUAUCUAAACAUGACGGCAAAGAAGUAUGCAGAUUUACAUAUUUCCGUGAGGAGUUGCCAAAAACUAUUCAUGCACCUACAAUACUGGGGUUGGUGGAAGAUAAAUCCAAGAUCCUUGAAAGUCUCCAAGAACUAUUCCCUGUCUCUGUUUCAAAACCACCAUCAGUGCAUACCAAAAUAGAUUCCAUUUCAUCUUCCAAUUUACCUCAUUUGACAAAAUCACGUCCCGAAACGCCGCUUCCUGCUGAUGGUGUUGAUAGAAGAGAACCCUUUUGGCUUGACGUGCUUGACCCGACAGAAGAAGAAAUGAAGGUUCUUUCCAAGACAUUUGGUAUCCAUCCGUUAACCACCGAGGAUAUUUUCCUCGGCGAGGCUAGAGAAAAAGUCGAACUAUUCAAAUCAUACUAUUUUGUUUGUUUUACUUCGUUUGAUGUUGUCUAUGAGAAGAGAAGACAACGUGCUAAAGAACAAGAAAAGAAACUCAACAAGUUGCAAGAAAUGUACGAAAGUGGAUCUGACCAUGGAAGUGUGCUUGAAUCCCACUCACCAUUUAGAUUAUUGAAGAAUUUAUUCCACUCCAAGAGGAAACUGACAUCUUUUAUUGAGAAACAAUCAAGCACUUCAAUGAAAUCCCAUGGCAAGAAAAUCCGUGAAGGGGAGUUGCUGCCUUUAAACAUGUACAUCAUUGUAUUCAAAACUGGGGUAAUUACUUUUCAUUUUUCACCAACACCUCAUCCUAUAAAUGUCAGACGACGUGCCAGAAUGUUGAAAGAUUACCUCUCAGUUACAUCAGAUUGGAUCUGCUAUGCUUUGAUUGAUGAUAUCACGGAUUCUUUUGCACCAAUGAUUGAAACUAUAGAAACAGAAGUGAAUUCCAUUGAAGAUGCUAUUCUAAAGAUGCAUUCAGGAGACUCGGAUUCAGACGACGAUAGUGAUGAUGAAACUGCUCCACAAGAAAAUUUCCACAUAUGGAGAAAACGUUCCAAAUCAAUGGUUGAUACCCAAUCAGGUCCAAGAUUAACUAAAUCCAGUUCAAGUUCAAGCAGUUCCCGCUCAACUAAAAUCCUUGCCUGGAGAAGAAAAGGUGAUAUGUUACGACGUAUUGGUGAAUGCAGAAAAAGAGUAAUGCUGGUAAUGCGUUUGCUUUCCGCUAAAGCUGAUGUCAUCAAAGCAUUCAGUAAAAGAUUUAACGAUUUGGAAGGUGCUCAACUGGAAAUUGGUAUGUACUUGGGCGAUAUCCAAGAUCAUAUAGUAACCAUGUUGCUGGCACUUGGGCAUUAUGAGAAGCUUUUGGCAAGAUUCCAUUCCAACUAUUUGGCACAAAUCAAUAUUGACAUGACCAAAGUUAAUAAUGACACAAAUGACGUUUUGGGUAAGAUUACUAUAUUAGGUACAAUUGUGUUACCAAUCAACGUGGUAACAGGGUUAUGGGGUAUGAACUGUAUUGUCCCCGGACAAGAUUAUGAGGGAUUGGCAUGGUUCUGGGGAAUUGUUGCAGGUAUGGCAUUAUUUAGUAUUGUGGCCUAUAACUACGCUCGCAGAGUGACAGGCUUGUGA